GCUAGAGAGUGGCAGCACAUAGAAAUGCCGAUUUGCGGGCGUGUGUAACAAUUCGAUAUUAGAAAAAGUUAUUUAGAGUAUCUUACGUUAUGUCUAUUAAAUGCAUCAACUCGGUAAACAAGUAUUUCGGAUAAAAAGAACGCAUGGAAUGCAAUUUAAGUGUAAAUGUAGGUUUCAAAUCUAGAUUGUAGCGAGAGAUGCGUGCAUUUGGACGUAUAUAGGUUAUAGACGUUGUAACGACUAAACCUUCGCACAAGGAAAAUGAUUGGGAAGAAAUGGAUGCUGCAGUGAUAGAAGUUCUUCAGCAGGCAGGUAGUCAAAAUCCUAAUGUUUUAAAACCAGCUGAACAAACGUUAAAGCAAUGGGAAACUCAAAGAGGAUUUUACACUGCUCUAUAUAAUGUAUUUUCAAAUCAUUCCUUUGAUGUUAAUAUUAGAUGGAUGGCUGUUUUGUACUUUAAGAAUGGCGUUGAUAGAUAUUGGAGAAAAAAUGCACCAAAUGGAAUAGCAGAAGACGAAAAAGAAUUUUUACGACAACGUUUGAUAAGUAAUUUUGAGGAACCUGUAAAUCAAUUAGCAGUUCAAUUAGCAGUUCUCAUUGCUAAGAUAGCAAGAUUCGAUUGUCCCAGAGAAUGGGAUGUAUUAAUUCCUACGCUUUUGGAUAUUAUUAGAGGUCAAAAUUCUUUAGCACAGCAUAGAGCGCUUCUUAUAUUGCAUCAUGUUGUCAAAGCGUUAGCUUCUAAGCGUUUAAUGCCAGAUGUACGACUCUUCCAAGAAUUAACAAGCAAUGUGAUUACUUUUAUUCUUAAUACGUGGAAUACAUAUACGGAAUCAUUUCUUAUAAUGGCAUCUAAUGGAGCAGAUGCAAAUCAAAUACAAGAAUCUUUAGAAAAAGCAUUACUAUUAUUAAAAACAUUACGUAAACUUAUUGUCCAUGGAUUUAGUAAACCAUCUCAAUCUCAAGAUGCCAUGUUAUUUUUAGAAGUAAUAUUUGAGCGAGCACGUACAUGUCUUGAAUGGCGUAAAACAUUAGCUUCCAGAGGUAUACAAAUGGAGGUUUGUGAUAAAUUCAUAAUUAAUUUGACCAAAGUGUUAAUAGAGGUAUUAGAAAUGCAUCCACUUUGUUACGUCGAAUUGAUACCUACAACUUUAGAAUUCUCAGUUUUUUACUGCUUUACGGAAGCUGGUCAAGCAUUAGCUUUUGAAAAAUUUCUCAUACAAUGUUUAAAUUUAAUGAAAUCUAUUUUAUUAUCAGUUGGGUAUAGACCGGCUAAAGUAAUCGAAGAGACUAAAGAUCCAUUGACAUUGAGAGCCUAUGAAUUAAGACAGAAAUUUUUUGUGCGCGAAACCUUAACCGAAAUUUGUACAAGACUCGUUACUCAUUAUUUCCUUCUAACACCCGCGGACCUGGAAUUGUGGGACACUGAUCCUGAGAACUUAGCUGCCGACGAUGGAGGUGAACCAUGGAAGUAUAAUUUAAGAGCUUGUACUCAACUUUUAUUUAUGGCAGUUUUCCAUCAAUAUAAAGAUGUUCUUGCCUCUGUUCUGCUCGACUUGAUACAUAGGUAUCAUCAACCUAUUGAACCAAAUAAUUUACCUGCAAUUUUGUUGAAAGAUGCGGUGUAUAAUGCAGUUGGUUUAGCAGCUUUCGAUUUGUAUGACGAAGUUAACUUUGAUCAAUGGUUUUCAACAACUCUAAAGGAUGAAUUGAAAGAGAAAAGUAAUAACUACAGAAUUAUUAGAAGACGCGUAUGUUGGCUUAUUGGUCGAUGGGCAAGUGUAAAAUUAAGUGCUAAGUUGAAACCAGACUUUUAUAAACUUAUGAUAGAAGCUUUAAGUCCAGAAGAAGACUUGGGUGUUCGUUUGGCAGCUAUCGAUGCCUUAAAACUUGGUAUAGAUGACUUUCAAUUUAGAAAAGAAGAGUUUACACCUUAUUUGGAGCCUACGUUUACCUUAUUAUUCGCUUUGCUAAAAGAAGUUACCGAAUGCGAUACCAAAAUGCAUGUUCUUUAUGUAUUAUCCUGUGUAAUUGAGCGGGUGGGAAAUGAUGUCAAACCAUAUGUUAAUGCUCUUAACUCAUACUUAUCACUAUUAUGGCAACAAUCUGAAGAUCAUAAUAUGUUGAGAUGCUCUAUAGUAACAACCUUAGUUCAUUUGGAAAAGUCUUUAGGCUCGGAUAGCAUUAUGUUGCAACCAUUGGUAGUGCGUGUUGUUGACCUAAGUUGUGACGUUAAUCAAGAAGGACACGUUUAUUUGUUGGAAGAUGGUUUAGAAUUAUGGUUAGCUCUUUUGGAAAAUGCGCCAGCACCGACACCAGAGAUAAUGGAUCUUUUCCGAAACAUGCCACCUUUAUUAGAAUCAUCCACAGAAAGCUUAAGACUAUGUUUGUACAUACUUCAAGCAUAUGUAUUAUUAAGUCCUCAAGAAUUUCUCUGCCAAAGAGGAAUAGUAAUAAUUGAUACAUUGAGAUCUCUUCUAACAGACUUAGCUUGGGAAGGUAUUGUUGCGAUAUUGAGAUUGUUUGAAACAUGUCUUAAAGCUUCUCCCGAACAAGGUGCAGAAUUAAUCAAACCUCUUUUAAUGAAAAUAUUUGAAAGCGUUUACAAAGGCGAAGAAUAUCCAAUGGUUAUGACUACUAUGUGUUUGUCUAUUGUUGCUAGAGUUUUACUCUGUUGUAGAAAUAUUUUUGUACAGGUAAUCGGUGAAUUAUCAAAAAGUGUUGAAGCAUACGAGGAAGCUGUACUAGGACAAAUAGUAUAUAUUUGGGUAAAACGAAUGCCUAAUGUUUCUCAACCUGAACAGCGCAAGUUAUUAGCUCUUGCACUUUGUUCCCUUUUGGAGGCUAAUAGUCUACCAAGCGUUAUCCAACAUUUUCCAUUAAUUAUAUCUAAUAUAGUUGAAACUCUUAACGAUAUAACGAAAUACGAUGAUGCUGGAUGUCCUACAGAUUCUCUGUUGUUAAGUGAUCAACUUAGUCCAUCUCAAUACGAGGAUGUAGAUUAUGAAACUGAACAUGGACAAAGAAGAAAGAGACUCGCUUACAAUGAUCCAGUUCACAAUUUGUCCUUACACAAUACGCUCACUAACCAAUUUAAUAAAUUACGAAGAACGAUGGGGAAUGAUCAAUUCGAUCAAUUGUUUAGCGCUCUUAAUCCUGAUGUCAACGAGGAACUUAAUUCAUGUCUUGGAUUGCGAGAUUUAGUACUAUGAAGAAAAAAUGAUAAUUAAAAAAGAAAAUCAGAAAUAAAUAUGUGGUCGACAAAAAUAAAAGAUACUUUCUCAAAUGCUACACAUAUACACACACAUACGCGCGUGCGCGUACACACAAACUAACACAUACCAAUGCAACAUGUAAAAAAAGCUUUACCAUGCUCUACUGUAAAACGGCACUAUUUUACUGUAUGAUACUACCUGUUUCACUGUAUUAAUAAUGUUGAUUAUAAAAGGACCUAUGUCGCCACUGAAAAAAUAUUAACACGGUCAUAAAAUAUCGUGUUGAGGAUAGAUCACAAAAUGUGAAUAUAAAUAAAAUCGUGUGAUUAUUAAAAAUACGCAAUAUAA